UAGUCCGGUCCGUGCAUCAAUGUCAAAAAUAAAUUAAGUGCGGAAAGACCAAACACUGAUAGAAUUUAGUAAUUUUUUUCUCAUAAUAUAUAAAAAAGUACUCUGUGGUAAUUUUCUUCGUUUAUUGAGAAUAAUUAGUAAUAGUCAUGUCGUUAGUUUUAACCCGAGCAGCCCUUGCGUUAAAGAAUGCUGAAGCCAACUUUAAAGUCGUGAAAUUUGAGGCGCAUAAACCUAAGAAAAAGCAGAAUUUAGAAAGUGAUAAUAUGGACAAUAUUAUCAAUAAACCGACCGGACCAUCGAAAGAAUUGGACUUGAAGAAAAUCCGACAUGAGGUAGUUAAAUUUGGAAUGUCUGGUUUUGACCCUACGAAGAAAGAAGAAGCCAAAAUUGCGUUAGCGGUUAGUUUAGGGGCCAAACCUCCAAAAAAAGCAUAUUUAAAUUACAAGGAACUCAUGAGUAAGAGGAAACAAGAGAAGCAAAAGGAGAAAGAAGAGAAAGAAUUAAUGAAAUCUAAAAGUGUAAUGCAAACAACUGGGCAAAAGAAAAAGAAAGGAUCUAAAAAUGAUGUUGGACAUUUCUUGAGUAACUACGGAAAGGUACAAAAGAAGGACUUGAAGAAAGCUGUUAAUGACAAGAAAUCUAAGAAGAAAAAGAAAUGAAAUAAAUAGUUUAAG